AUGGGGACCGCAUCAGGGACAUCGGGGUCAGGGCCGACAGAGGCAGACAUUCAGCUAAAGCCCUGGAAGUAUAUCGGUUACAAAGGAUACGCCGAGUUCAUCUCAUCUGAUGAUGACUUCCUGAUAUUGCGGCGCUUCGAUUCAUUAAGCGCACGUGUGGCGUUACGACUUCAGGAUGAGAUAAAUGUUCUUGAAGAGGAGUUGGAGAGGCUUGACACAAUUCACAGCAAGCCCGAGUCAACAGAUUUCAACAACGGCACUUUAAGAGAUGAUAUUGCAGAGCGCGCUGAGAUAUUAGAGCUGGCCGCCAGGAAACUACGCAGAUAUAACGAAUUCCUUCUUCAACACAGCAGGAUGAAGAAACUCACUAAAGCUCCGGGGCGUGAUAUCAAAAGCCUUAAACACUGGCACUACAAUCACAGCAACGUCGCAAUUGCACGGGAGGAGCAAACGUAUUUGAACAAUGAAGACCUUGUCAGGGUGGUUCAAGAAGACAGAACACCCUUACGCCGGGUGAUUGACAGUUCACUACGGUUGCGGACCCUCCCGAUAUGGAGGCUCAGGAAGCACGAAGCGCCGGUCUACGACGCCGACUACGUGUCGUACUAUUCUGGCAAGCGUAUCGACGGGUUUGCAUCGACCAUGAUCGUUACUAUUGGCGCAACGAUGCUCAUCGCUCCCAUCUGGAUUCUCCAGGCGUUGAACACACUUACAAUGAAGCUUGGUGUCAUUACGAUAUUCAUUCUCAUCUUCUUGCUCCUGAUAUCGUUUGCCAUGGUGUCAAAGCCGUUUGAAGCCUUAGGGGCAACAGCCGCCUAUGCCGCAGUGCUCAUGGUAUUUAUUCAGUUCGGGACGGAAAAGGCAUGA